CUGCAGAAGAAGGAAGUGAAAGAAGGAACUCAAUGUCUGUCAACACUGAUAAACGUCUGUCUUCUAUUACACUCUGACAAUGGAAUAAAUUCGGAGAGGUUGAAGUAGAAGAACUUUCAAACCUAUGUCUGACAUCUGUGUUGUACAUGUAGGCGAGCAAAACGUGCUGAGACUUUAAACUUGGAGGGUGUGUUGUCCUGGAAUCUAAAUGAACAGGAUGGAGUCAAGAUCGUCACAGGACCGGCAGCUACGUGUGUCGACCAUGCCUCAGCUGUCAGAGAACAUCAAGAAAGUGGCUAUAAUUAUGCCGGGUGAAGAAACACAGUUCAUCAAUCUGGACCAGAAUCGACCCUUGGCUGCUAUAAUUCAAGACAUCAGUGAAAAGUGGAAGUUAACAGAGCCCAACAACUUCUCUCUUCAAUUCACUGAUGCAACCAGGCAGACAUUUAUCACAGAGCGGAACCGGCUUGAAAUUCAAAAUGGCAAUGUCCUGGCAAUGACAGAUGCGCCUAGUCGGACAGCGGAGUUAACACUGGGGAAGUUAACGGGAUCCAACCGUGCUGAUAAGAUAGAAGCCCUGAAGAAGCUAGCCCAGCUGUCUUCAGACAUCACCUUUGCCACGGAAUUCAUCAACCGACAGGGUCUGCAGCUGCUCAUCAAAAUCGUUGUGGAUGCCGCAUACUCAGGAGAGCCUCUUGCCUACACCCUGCAGGCCUUCAUCCAGCUCAUGGACCAUGGCAUCGUCUCUUGGGAUGUUCUUGAAGAGGAUUUCGUCAAAAGGGUGGCAGACUGUGUGAACAUGGCCAAGAAAGUUGAUGUGGUAUGUUUGAAGUCCUCCUUGGAGAUCCUAGAGUCUGUGCUUCUCCACAGCUCCAGGAUGUGUGAGUUGGUGGAGAGAGCGAUAACACCGACAAGCAUUACACCUCAUCUACAGGAUACCAGCACGGAGGUUCAGAAGAAUGGCAUAGCUUUGAUUAAUGCACUGUUUCUGAGAGCUGACCCGGUCAAGAGAAAGAACAUUGCCAAGUCUCUGCAGUCAACCCACAUCAGAAAUAUUUUCCUAAACAAUGUAAUCCGGGGUGAGCAUAAGGGUGCAGAGAUGGCACACCAAUUGUGUGUGCUUCAGUCUAACCUCAUCAACCAGUUAGAAGAGAACAUGAACACACCAGCUGAUCCAAAGGACCAGGAGCAGAUGAAAGCUGUUGAAGAGCUGCAGAAGGUUGCUUUUGACAUUGAAAUAGAUCCAACUGUUUCCUUGAGCCGAAGAACAGGAAAUCCAGCUCUCGACUUUAAAAAGCUAGGAUUUGUUAAGUACACAAAGCCAAUAGAGGAAUUCAUGGAGGUACCACCAGGCCGAUUGGCAUUGGACAAUCUGGUCUACUACGCCAAACAUCAUGAAGACGCUUACAGAAAAUUGGUACUGGAGAACUCUGUGCGUGGAGAUGAACAUGACUGUCCUGUGGCUCAGGCAGCCGUUGCUCUCACAAAGAGGCUGUGCACCAUCCUAAAAGUUGGAGACACAGACACCGAGGAAGGCCAGGUGUACUAUCCUAUGUUCUUCUGUCAUGAUCGGCCAUUUGAAGAGUUCUUCUGUGCUUGUAUGUACUACCUGAACAAAACCUGGAAGGAGAUGAGAGCAACAGCCGCUGAUUUCAAAAAGGUGUUGGAGGUGGUGCAGGAGCAGGUGACACGUGCCCUACAGGUGCAGCCCACAUCCUUUGAGGCCUUCCGUGUCAAGAUGGGCCAACUCUCCUACUCAGAGAUCAUGAAGAUUUGGGAAGUGGAUCGUCAGAGUCGUGAGGAGAUGGAAUCUCAAGCUGUGCCAAUAGUGGAGCUAAGGGAACAAAUCAAGCCUGAUAUUAUCCAGCUGAUCAAACAAAACAGACUGAACUACUUACUGGAUGGUACAGUGUUUGUCAAGCACAAUAACAAAGGCAGGAUGAAAGACAAGUACUGGUUCUGUCGCCUGUCCCCCAAUCUGAAGACGUUCCACUACGGAGACUGUGAGGAGACAGCCAAUCCACCUAUAGAAUCUCUCCCUCAUAAAUUAAACAUUGUUGACAUCAGGAAUGUACUUAUUGGUAGGGAUUGUCCCCAUAUCAAGGAAAGACGGCGGCAAACAGCUCCAGUUUUAGCCUUUGCUAUCAUACCAGACACGUCUGUUUCCCAGGAAGCCCUGUGUUUUAUGGCGUCCAAUCAGAAUGAAUAUGAUAUGUGGGUUGACGGGCUGAAUGCUUUACUGAACAAACCGAUGACGAGUAUGCAGACAAAAAGUGACCUUGACACACUGAUAGGGAUGGAGAUUAAACUGCGUCUUCUGGACAUAGAGGGUGUGCCCAUCCCUACCAACCCACCUCCCAUCCCCAAACCACCCAGCAACUACAACUUCGUCUAUCAGUAUUGAUGUCUAUGUAUACUCAUGAGGAGAGACUCCAUUGUCUCCAGUCGCAAAAUCCUGGAAGGCCUGAUUUUCCAAACUGUUGCAGAUUGCGCCUUUCGUAACUUCCAGGACAUCUUGGGACGUAAAUGCGAUAGGCAUGGCGUUGCGACAGUUUUGUAUAAAUACCAGCCCCAUGGAGUCAGUGUUGGCCGACUGGUGUUCCGUUAAGAGAUUCAGUAUUCCAAAUAUUGAUGCUAUUAUGUAUCUACCUAUAGAAUUUCUUAUAACCCAGUCAUGUCAGGUUUGUAUCUUCUUGUUUUUAACAUGAAUUUUCAUUCUGUCCAUUUGCAUAAACAGGAUAAUUGUUUAGAUUGUCAUAAUGUAUACAUAACCUGUAGAACUUAAUCAGUGCACGUCAUUUUUAUAUGUCACAAAAUUACAUUUUAAUGUAAAACCAUCAUUUGUUUAUGAACAGAAGUGCCCUUUUCACCGAUAUAUCAGCCUGCAUGAAGGUGUCUGGCUCGGCAAAUUUGCCACGUCAGCAGUUUUAAAUAUGGUAAUCUUCUCUGCAGGAAGAUUCCAUGCUGAUAUUUACAUAGCCAUAUUGCUCUGUAUCUGCUUACUUUUUUCUAAUUUCUUUUUUAAAAGAUGUUUUUAUAAAUUUGUGUUAUAUGUAAACAGCCUAUGCUGUUGUACUUUAAACUGAUACCAUAUAAUAUUUAUACACUGGUGGCUUUAAAAACCGAACAAACAAAAAGUGUAAAAUGAAGAAAUGCUGUUGAAGACUUUUCAUUGGUGUACAUAAAUAUAUUGGCCAGGACAAAGGCAUAUUUAGUUUAUCCUUUGGGUCUUGAGACUGCAUGCUAAUAUCCAGCCCUCCGGGUGUCAUUCAUAACAAAUCGGACACGUGAGUUCAGUUCCAAGUCUUGUCAUCCCUCGUGCUUCAAUCCUAGCAACCUUGGGUUUUGCCUCGCUUGUACUUAGUAGAAGGGCAUACGGGGGUAGGCCAGAUAUUCAUGGGCCCUGUAACAGUGUGCUCUAGCAUAGGUGUG